CCACUGAAAUGACAGAAUGAAAAUUACAUGUAAAUAACAUUUUCCAUUACUCGGUACACUGAGGGAAUGCUCAAUGGAUCAUUUGAUCAAUAGAAAUACAAGUUUAAUUUCAGUGGAAACACAGCUAGUGUCAUAUAAACCAGGAUUUAUUUAACAUCUUAGACUAAUAGAAAGCAAAUAGAUCCUUUAGAUGAUACCAAAAUGCACAAUCAUCCUACCAUAAAAGGAAUUUCUCUCUCCAGUUGACCACAAAGAGGAAACGGUUGCAUACAGAUCAGCAGCAGAGGAGACAAAACUCACACAAUGUCUUGUCUGCUGACAGAGAAUGGACGCCAAACGUCUCCUGGAAUUAAUCCUUCUUUUUGUCCUCCACUUUCAAGGUAACAGUGGAAGAGAUCUCUUUCUCAAUAAGAGAUCUGGACAAGAUGCUGUUCUGUCCUGUACCUCUGAAUCAUCCUCUCCCCCAACAUGCUCCAUCGUUGAAUGGUUUUACUACAAAGAUGGAGGUCAGGCAAUCACUGAGGUCAGGAAUGGAGAAGUUAUAGAGAGCUCUGCCCGAGCUGCCAGGCUGAGUGUGACCACUGACUGCUCUCUGGUCAUUAACAACGUCACUGCUGAGGAUGCUGGUCUUUACUUCUGUCGGCAGGGGGGGGACACUAACACUGAUGUAAAUACAUAUCUAAGUGUUCUGACAAUCUCUCCGUCUCAACCAGGCGCUGAUCCAAACAGGGAUGAUGACAUCACAUUGAAGUGCUCUCUGUUUAAAGUAAGAGACGUUCCUUGUCGAGAGAACAACAUCCGCUGGGUGGAUGAGACCGGAGCUGAGCUGCUUGGUGAAGGUGAUGGGUACAGGGUCCUCCCACAGACGGCCUGUGUCUCCUUUCUGACUGUGAAGCGUCAGAGUGGCCGCAACAGGAAGUACACCUGCCAGUUUGUUGAUGAGCAGAACAGUGUAAAGAUAGAGGCCGACUACACACUUGAUCCUCCUCCUAAUCAGAUCUACAUCAUCAUCGGGGGGGUGGUCGGGGCGGUGGUAGUGCUGGUCGUCAUCGCUGGGCUCAUCAUAUACAGGAAGAGAGCCAACGUGACAGAGGAUUUUCCGAAACCAACUCAACACCCUGACGAGCCAGAGAGCAAUCUGACCUAUGUCACUGUGAACCAUGCUAAUCAGCAGGCCUCUACUGGCAAAAAGGUCAAAGAGGAGAAGGUGAUGUAUUGUACAGUCAAAUGUCAGAAGACAGAAGCAAAUGAGGAUCCCAGCAAUCUCUACAGCAAUGUCAGAAACCUGAAAUAAAUCAGAGGAAAUGCAGCUUCUCACAAUGACCUGUUCAGAAGAGGACAGCUAGUUUUGUGCUUUGUUUUUAAUCUAGUUUGUGUUGUGCUGGCUUUGCUGAGCACCUGGUAAGGAUGCCCCCUCGUCCAGCUGGUAUUAGGCCUCGGGCAGUGACGGACUGGGAUUUCUCAUUUUGGUGGGGGAUCUGCAACUUGCAUAUAGAACUUUUGACGCACGAAAAGAACACACACUUUUGAUAACCCCAGUGAUGGUGAAUGUAAACUCCCAUGCUAUAAACUACUGCACCCAAACCUAGACAUAUCAAUGCACAACCCCAAUGCAUACAGUACAAAAAUGAAGAAAUCAGUCAGUUUGCAGCAUUUUUUACCAUCAGCCUCCAGUACUCUCUUAUGUUUCUCUCAUUUUUUCUUCGCCCCUCCCCCCUUGUGUCGCUUGAUGCCUUGAUUCCUUUUUUUAUCAACAGUAUAGCUCCCUACUUCCAAAGUUGGCCAAAGAAUUUUUUUAUUUGUGCCUAAAAGGGGGCCGAGAGAAAUGAUAUGGUCCACCGAUUACAAUUAAGGGGCAGCAUGGCUGUGACAGUCAUGCGGCUCUCUGAUUGGCCGGCUGACCCAAGCGGCCCACAAGGGCCCGCGGCCCCUCUGGUAUCUGCCGAAAUUCCAGAUUACCAGUCCGUCACUGGCCUCGGGGAAGACCCCCGAGGUGGAGAGAUUAUACAGUAUGUCCACCCUGGCCUGGGAACGCCUCGGGAUCCCCUAGUCAGAGUUGGCUGAUGUGGGUCGUAAAGGGAAGUUUGGGGUCCCCUGUUGGAGCUGCUGCUCCCAUGGCAACCCCGGAUAAGUGGAUGGAUGGAUGGAUGGAUGGAUGGCUUUGCUUAGCAUUAAGAUAAUUGUUGUAUUAUACUGCACACUGUUGGUCCGACUUGGUGUUCUAUUACGUAGCUGAUUUAUGAUUUUUAAAAACAAAGCUCAAUAAACAGAAUUGGCCGCUUGGUUGUUCCUUAUCACAAACAGAAGUUUAUAUUGCUAUAGAUUACAACUUUGUUGUUACAAAACAGAUGAUUUUGACAAAGAGGAAAGGCUGCCGAGCAUUACAGUCCUUAUUGUGUUUCAGUUUUUUAAAUAUGUAAGUCCAGAUUUUCAGCGUUGUAACAAAAAGUAAUUGUAAUUUACGUACUUUCUGCAACUAAUAUUUUAAUUUGUGGACACAAUGUGGCAUCCAAAGAUGGGAUUUAUCAUUGUAUGGGGCAUGAAUUUACUGUUUAAUGUCAUUUUGACAGUUUUAUUUUAUUAUGUUGUCAUGUUAUUAUGUGGUUUUAUUUUCUUAUUUUCUUAUGUUGUAGUUUUGUGUCAUAUUACAUUAGCACUGCUGUUUUAAAUUGAUGUUGUCUGCAGUGUUUAGCUUGUCAGUAAAUUUCAUCAAAUAAAAGUCAGACUCACUCCACAGC